UAUUGCUCAUUUCUGGAGCAUUCGAUUGUUAGAUUUUGUUUCAAAUUCCUGAAGAAUUGAAAUUAUUUCUUAAUUUUCAAUCCAAAAUAAAUGGAAUCAAUAUCAAAAAAUGUAUCGGCUGAAGCCAUACAAAUGUUGGAAACAUUUUGGAAACGUGAAAUGGUAUCCGUACAGAAUACUACUUGUAAUGAUUUCAGAAAUCAAGAAUUGCCAUUAGCAAGAAUCAAAAAAAUUAUGAAACUAGACGAAGAUGUCCAGAUGAUCUCCGCUGAAGCGCCUGUUUUAUUUGCUAAAGCUGUCGAAAUGUUUAUAGCAGAAUUAUCAUUACGUGCAUGGAUUAAUACCGAAGAGAAUAAACGACGAACAUUACAAAGGAAUGAUAUAUCAACAGCAAUAUCUAAAUAUGAUCAAUUCGAUUUUCUUAUCGAUAUUGUACCACGUGAAACAAAACCAGUGAAUAGAAAAUCAGAUACACGUGGAUCGAAUACGAUUACAAAUCAAGAUCAAUAUAAUUAUUUGGUACAAAUUCCACAAACACCAUCAACCAUACAUCAUCAUACGGGUACUGGACAGCCUAUACAAAUACUUCAAACAACACCAAAUCAGUCAAAUCAAUUUUCAUUAUCACCACAGAUUAUUCAAGUUCCAAUUCAAUCAUCAUCAUCAUCAUCGACUAAUCAUGAUGCCACCACACAUAUUAUCAAUCAAAAUUCACAAGUACAACAAUUACCCAUAACAUUAUCAUCACAACAAUAUCAAACAUUAAUACAGAAUCAAAAUUCUAAUCAACAACAAAUUUUAUUGCCCACACAAUAUCUUGCCACCAAUACACAUGGACAAAUGGUUCAAACAUUAAUAUCAACAUCAUCAUCGCAAGCAUUGAAUAAUUCAACCAACAUCAACAACAAUAACAACAAAAUCAUUACACAACAAACAAAUCGUUCACAUUCAACCAUUGCACAAUCACGACCAUCUUGACAAUAUUAGAUGGCAAAAAUGAAAUCAAUUUUCUUUUAAAAUUAAUUCAUAUUUUUUAUUUUAUGAUGAAAUUAAUAAAAAAGUUUUU